AUGCUCCUAUAUCUAGGAAUACCCAGAGACGAAAUACCAAAACUCCUCGCAGAGGACCGGAGGGUUGCAUACUCCCAUGGGUCCAUAUACAUCCGGUUCUUCACGCCUGAAGGACUCAGCGAUGUACCACCGGAGGAGGAACCAAAAACGGUCGCCGACUGCAAGCCCACAGACAUGGAGACAGACAAACACACCGACAGACCUCACACUGCAGUUUCAAACACACCGACAGACGUACAGACUGACAAACCCUCCCAUACAGACACACCACCAAAACCCACACAAACAGACGGAACAGACGAACGCCCAACAUCCCCACUCCCGACCGACAGACAAACCCCCAAACUGACAGACGAACCAGAUGGACCCACCCUGACGACAAACACACACAUGGAUGAAGUCCUCAGUCCUCAAAACACACACCCCGCCGGCACUCCCCAGGAUAUGGAAGAGUGU